AUGCCCGAAACAAUCCUCGUCACCGGCGCCUCCGGCUUCGUCGCCUCGCACGUCAUCCAAAGAUUCCUCGAUGCGGGCUACAAUAUCUGUGGCACCGUGCGCUCCCCUUCGUCCGCGGAGACGGUCAAAUCCCGCUACCCGCCUGAAUACGUGGAUCGCCUCUCCUUCGCGAUCGUACCGGACAUGACUGCCCCUGGCGCCUUCGACAAAGUCGUCCAGAAUGUCUCCGGUGUCAUUCACACCGCCAGCCCGUUCUCCCUCACGGUAUCGGACAACGAGACCGACCUCCUCCAACCAGCCAUCCAGGGGACGCUGAACGUCCUCGAUUCCGUCUCCGCUCACGGACGCACCGUCCACCGUGUCGUCGUCACCUCCUCGUUCGCCGCAAUGCUCGAUCUCAACCAGGGCCUCCGUCGAGGUUACCGGUACACGGAGGCGGACUGGAACCCGUGCAGCUACGAGGAGGCUAAGCUGACCCCGGACGUGAGCGUCGCGUACUGCGCUUCCAAGGCUCUUGCUGAACGGAAGCUGUGGGAGUGGGUCGAAAGCGCCGACAAGCCGCUCACCUUCAGCGCGGCCACCAUAUGCCCGCCCUGGGUGUUCGGCCCCGCGCUCGGAGACCCAAACAAAGGACACAACCGGCUGAAUGAGUCCGCCGAGACGAUCUGGAAUCUAGUGAAUGGGUCUCGGGCUGAGGUGCCCCAGCAUGAUUUCAUGGCAUUUGCCAACGUCCACGAUGUGGCGGAGGCCCAUUACCAAGCGUUCACUCGGCCCGAAGCGGGCGGGGAGCGCUUUCUGGUCGCUGGGGGCCGGUUCCUGUAUCAGGAGGCGUGUGAGAUUAUACGCAAGCGGUUUCCACAGCUGAAGGACAAGGUUCCGUACCGGGAGGGUGGGGCUCUGGAUGAGACGUAUAUUGCGGAUGGGAGUAAGGCAGAAAAGGUGUUAGGCUUGCGCUAUCGCAAUUUGGAGGAUACUUUGGUCGAGACGGUUGAGGACUUGUUGAAGAGGUUUGGGUAG